GGCGGCAUUGCUGCUUGGCGGGCCGGCGCCGCGGUCCGGACGGCCAUGGGGCGGGGAACGGCCGCGGCGCCGGGGAACGGCUAGCGACGGCGAGCAGCUGCGGGGCAGCGGGGUCUACGGGCUCGGCCCAGCAAGGGGACGGCCCCGCAGGUGCCCGCGGCAACGAACGGGAUCAGCAUUUCUCUGACCGAAGCCCUCGUUCAUCAAUGAUGGAAAUGGAACAAGAAAAAGUCAACGUGAGGAAGGGGCUGAGCGCAGACGCGGCCUCAUACCGCUGCUCCGCGUGUCAUGGGGAUGAGGACUGGGUGCUCGGCACCCCCAUCCGGGGUCGGGCCAAGUCCCGCAGCCUAUCCGCCUCACCUGCCUUGGCGAGCACCAAGGAGUUCAGGAGGACCCGCUCUCUGCACGGGCCGUGCCCAGUGACCACGUUUGGACCAAAGGCCUGUGUGCUGCAGAACCCCCAGACCAUCAUGCACAUCCAGGACCCUGCCAGCCAGCGGUUGACGUGGAACAAGUGCCCAAAGAGUGUCCUUGUCAUCAAGAAGAUCCGGGACGCCAGCCUGCUGCAGCCCUUCAAGGAGCUGUGCAUGUACCUGAUGGAGGAGAACAACAUGGUUGUGUAUGUGGAGAAGAAGGUUCUGGAAGACCCCGCCAUCGUGGGUGACGACAGCUUCGGACCCGUGAAGAGGAAGUUCUGCACCUUCAGAGAAGACUAUGAUGACAUUUCCAACCAGAUCGAUUUCAUCAUAUGCCUGGGGGGGGACGGGACCCUGCUCUACGCCUCCUCGCUCUUCCAGGGCAGCGUGCCCCCGGUCAUGGCGUUCCACCUGGGCUCCCUGGGCUUCCUGACCCCCUUCAACUUCGAGAACUUUCAGACCCAAGUUACGCAGGUGAUACAGGGGAACGCAGCUGUGGUCCUCCGGAGCCGGCUGAAGGUCAGGGUCGUGAAGGAGCUCACAGGGGAGAAGGUGGCCGUCCCCAAUGGGAUGGGCGAGAACGGGCUGCCAGCUGUGCACCUGGACGUGGAGGUCGGCAAGCAGGUCAUGCAGUACCAGGUCUUGAAUGAGGUGGUGAUUGACAGAGGCCCCUCCUCCUACCUGUCCAACGUGGACGUCUACCUGGAUGGGCACCUCAUCACCACCGUGCAGGGCGAUGGUGUGAUCGUGUCCACCCCGACGGGCAGCACAGCAUACGCGGCCGCAGCCGGGGCCUCCAUGAUCCACCCCAAUGUGCCGGCCAUCAUGAUCACGCCCAUCUGCCCCCACUCGCUGUCAUUCCGGCCCAUUGUGGUCCCGGCAGGGGUUGAGCUGAAGAUCAUGCUGUCCCCGGAAGCAAGGAACACAGCCUGGGUGUCCUUCGACGGACGAAAGAGACAGGAGAUCCGCCAUGGAGACAGCAUCAGCAUCACUACCUCCUGCUACCCGCUGCCCUCCAUCUGCGUGUGGGACCCGGUGAGCGACUGGUUCGGGAGCUUGGCCCAGUGUCUGCACUGGAACGUGAGGAAGAGGCAGGCCUGCUUCGCGGAGGACGACCAAGUGAGCAAUGACCGAGCUCCGAAGCCACCACUGCGCCUCGUCUUGUCAGUCAGAGCCUGUCCCCAGGCAGGGCUGCCGCGCUGCACGGGCUGUGUGACCCUCAUCAGGAAACUCCACGAAUCAGCCUGUUCAACUCCGAGGGGAUCAGGAUGGGUGGGUCUUCCUUUGGUGUUGAAAAUAAAUGUGUCAGCCGGAAAUCUUCCUUUAGCCCCCACGAUUUCCCCUUUGUCCUGCUCCUUGUCCCCUAAAGGUCCUGGAGGGUACACCUCUGCCAAGAGCAGUUGGUAGUUGGUGGGCGGCAUCCCCGCCCUUCGCUCGGGUCUGCACUGUGUCUGGCCAGACCCUCCUGCCUUGGUCCCCUGCCUGUCUCCUAACCCUGCUUUGGUGUGACAGGUGCCGCAGAGUGCCACACCGUGGCCCGUGAGCCAGGAGGUGGCUGGGCGACAGGUGGACCCACACACAUUCCUCACAAACCAGGGUCCACCUUCUGCGCCCUGGAAGAGAUUUAAAUCCUAUGUGUACUUGUUAGGAUUCUCGUGUACGGGUUUUAUCAGGUGCAGAGUCCAGAGGAAAGGGGUGUGUUGUCGUGAAAUGGAGCUCCGUGCGUGUUUACAUGUGUUCUGUGUGACGUGUACUGGGACCCUCUGUCCAGUCCAGCAUGGUUGCCGUGGGUGGGGGUGACGGUCCACAGAGAGAGAUGGGAGCCUCAGUAAGCUGUGGUCCUGUGCACUUGUCACAAGAAGGUGGGGACAAACAGAUUGGUGCGGAGCGUGGUGUGGUGACGUUCAUGUUGGUUCUGCUCUCUGUCCCUGUGGAUCCUGGGGUGCAUGGCAGCUCCGUCAUUCCAGCACUCGCUCCUCCCUUGGCGGCCGGGAGGGGGCGUGUGCAUGAGUGUGGGAGUCCAUGGGCAGAGUUGAGGCUCCGCUCCGUUUGCAUGUGGCCUUGGUCCCUCGCCCAGCAGGCACCCUAAAUACAGGCCUGUUUGAGUGACUGGUUUGUCUGAGUUGUGUUUUCAUCUGCUCAAUUGGUGAGAAGGAAAGGGCGGCCCCCCGCCCCUCUGGGCCUCCCUUCUGGGGUGAUGGGCGGGGCUGUGCCGUGUCCACUUGGCAAGUCCAGGGCCACAUGGGCGGCUACCCUGGGAGUCUCCAAAGAGCUGGCCCUGCAGCCUGAGCGCCCUCCACCGUCCACGUGCGUCCAUCCAGUGCUGCCUCGGUGAGCUGGCAUUGCCGGGUGUUGGACCAGAGGCCAGUUCUCACCUCCCUCAGGCUGAGGGGCCCAACCCAGCCUGGCUUCAGGUCCAAAGUGGGUGGCGUUCAGAACACAGGUCACUUGUUCAGACAGAAAAGCAAGUGUCAGCCCAAAGCAGCAUGAUGUUGGAAUGAUCUAGAGGGCUUUGGAGUUUUUGAAGUAAAUUCUUAAUGUUUCAUAUUGUUAAUAUCCUGAAAAUUUGUUAAAUGUUGUUGAAAGCCUUAUUAAUAUUUUCAGAUCCUUUCAAUAAACAGACUUGUUAUAAAGUUGG